CUCUACAAGAAGCGAGCAAGGCAGCAGAGGCCGAGAUUCGCAGCUUCCAUGAAUGCAUCUCGCGUUGCUCGCACGGCCACAGCUCCCCUCGCCCAGCGAGCGCCAGCAGACCCCUCUGCGUCGGUCCUGCGCACCCUCAAGCGCAGGCUGCAGCGAACCCAGACGACCAACCAGCUGCUGGCCACUUACUAUCGCAACCGGUCGUCCGUGGACCCCCUUCGUCUCAUGGUGACACUCACGAGGCUGGCGACGCUGUCGGCCGCUGAGAAGGACUUCCGCAAGAGGGAUCUGCUCGGCGAUAUGCGCCUCCGCGCCCUCGUGGCCGACCUGACGGCUCACCUGACGAGCAACGGUGAUGGUGCUGGUGGUCCACACAUGCCGCAGCUGAAUGGGGCGGCAGAUGAGCCGGCAACAGUUGCUGUAGGCGAUGGGCGGUCUGUCAGCUCCGUUGCGUGGGGCCUCGCGAAGCUCAACCUGUCAUCGGCGGACUUCAUCGCUCUCUGCGGCCAUGAUCUGUGGCGGGAGGUGUUUCAUAAGGCAGCCAAGGCUCUUGAACGAGGCACCCUGGGGCCCUCUCACGUUGCGCAGCUGAUGUGGGCGGCCGGCCGGUCCAAGCACAGACACGAAGGCUUCAUUGAUGGCGCAAUUGCUAGUCUUGGCGCCUGCCUGAGCGAGUACCGGCCUGAGGAGCUGGCUACAAUCACGUGGGCGCUUGCCGAGGUCGGCUGUGGCUCCCCUGGUGUAUUCAGCGCCAUUGCGGAACAUAUGACCCAUCACCGUAUCGACGAUCUAUCCCCCGGAGGAUUGUCGUGUCUUGUGAGGGGCCUCUCUGUGGCGGACUGCUACCCCGAUGCUCUUCUGCACCGAGCUGUGAGGAGUGCGACUUCGCUGCUGGAUCGCCAUGAGUGGGAUGCGACAGACAUGAGCGACCUCGCCCAGUUUGCGGCGUCCAUCGCACGCACACCGUCCCCAUCUGUCAAGGCCCCGGCAUUCUUCUGCUCUCUGGCGUCCUAUACCCUCUCUCUGCUCGACCAGCCAAAACACACGAAGCUCUACAACCGUGAGCUGAGCAUCAUCGUGUGGAGCUUUGCCGCCUCCCACCAAUACUCCUACGAUCUCUUCAGGCGGACGUUCGAGCGGGACUGGACCCCCAGGCCAGAAAAGGACGACAUCACGCCGAUCGACGAGAGCCGCGAGGCCAUCGACCCAAGACGCGUAUACCUCAGCUACGCCUACGCACGGCUGGUGCACCCGCAGCCACCUUUCCCCCCUCAACUCUCGCCCCCUCCCUGGCUGUCGGCGUGCAGGCCGCUGAUGCAGGAGGGACUGGGCCCCAAUAUGUCUUCGUCGACGAUGCAUUUGGAGGUGAUGCGUGCGGUGGAGCGGGUCAGCGGUGUGCGUGUGGUCAACGAGUUUGUGGACCCAUGGGGAUUUGCUGUCGAUAUGGCGCUGGUCGGCCCUGCAGGGUGCGAGCCAUCAAGGGGAGAGGAGGGGGCUGCAUCGUCCCGCCAGGAGAGGUCUGAGGGCUCUGGUGGGGAGGCGAACUCGCGCCGCCGUUUGGUGCGGAUCAGCGAGUCGCCCGAGGCGCUGCUGGACCUGACUGACACGUGGGGAGACGACACCGACCCGGUAAGCACAGCAGGCACAAAGGCAGGCCAGCAGCUCACUCACUCAUGUGUGCCAUUCCAUUUGCCGUGUGUUUCAUGCAAUCAGCGCUCUGCGAUAGCGGCCGUGAGCCGCCUGGCCUACUGGGCCACAUACCCCGCCGCAAAGAGGGCCAGCAGACCCACGCACCAGGAAAGCACGGCAGACGAGCAAGACACCGCCACCCUCAAGGAGGCCAUCUUCAUCGGCAUACAGUCGCGCGCCAAGUCAGCCAUCCAAAGCGACCCACGGUUCACCGACCUGCUGCAGCGGCUGACUAACCAAGUGGUCCCACCGACACACAGGGGAGUGCUGCCGAGUAUCGUCGACGUGAGUGCUUUCGGCCCGCGUGAUUGGGGUGCAGUGCGGGGGAAGGUGCUGAGUGCUGGUGUGGGUGUGGAGGAUAUGGCGAUGCUUGCGGUGGCCGCGGCUAACGGCGGCCUGCUCAUUGACGGGGUGCUCAAGUGCCUGGGCGAGGUGAGGAAGCGACUGCACAUGACCGCGCGUUGUGUCUCCUCUCUCCUUGAUGCGUGUGUUGUGUUGCCAGGUGUUGGUCGGCGAGAGGAUGUUCGACACGGCAUCCCCGAAGCAUCUUGUCGACAUCGCCUGGAACUUCCACAAAGUCAGCGAGGAGAUCAGAUCGAAGCACACGGACAGGGCAUACUUGAAAUCUCCUUUCUAUCAGUUGGGCAUCCUGUCCCUUCCACUGGCCCAGGCCGUGACCAGCCAGAUCCUCCAGCGGCCAGCAGCCUUCACGCCCCGCAACCUGGCGACCAUCUCCCAGGCCGUCUCCCAGUACGCCGCUGCCCUGCCCGAGUACAUGGGCUUCCUCCCAAGUGUGAUAAGGGAGCGCUCCGCUGACAUCGAGUCGCCCCGUGACCUGGCCCUCAUUCUGUGGACGCUCGCACGGCCGCAUGGGCAAGCGGCCGGUGCUUCGCCAGGGAGCGAUCUGCUGGACUCGCCUCUCUCCCUGAUAACUGAGGACCCUCCUGUUGGUGCUGGAAGGGCCACUGCACCAAUGGGGACGAGUCCACUCGAUGACGCGAGUGACGUCUUCACGCAGUCGGGUACGUUGCUGCUGAGGUCGGGGGUUUUCGCGUCGGCCACUGCGCAAGACAUCGCCAUGUUGGCGGCCACAUUCAGCCGCGUCAACGUGGUCCAUCCGGAGCUGUUUGGCGAGAUCAGCAAGAUGAUGCAGCAGCAACAGCAGCAGCCGGAGAGGGGAUCGUCACAGCUGCGGUGGAAGCCCAUCGACAUAUCCACAGUGAUGGUGGCCAUGACGCGGCUCGGCUGGCGCGACGACGCCCUGCUCAUGGCGUGUGCAUCCAUGACUUCCGACCGGCUGGAUGAGUUCUCGCCCGACGAGCUCUCACACGUCCUCUGGGCGCUCGGCAAGUGGCGCUCCAACGUCACCCUGCAGCCCGCCCAGUCAUUGCUGCGGCGCGUCACGGCGUCCCUGCCUGCAAUGGCGCACCACUACGGCCCCGCACAGCUGGCAGGCAUCCUUUGGUCGUGGGCGGCACACAGCACGAGCAUCGCGUCGCCCACGCAGCUCGCCUCGGUGUGUGCGGCCAUCGCGAGAUCGGUCACUCCCCGGCUGCAUGGCGAUGUGGAUGUGAGGGCGCUGUGUCUGCUGGCCUGGGGUAUGGCUCGGGCAGGGGUGAGUGUGCAUGAGCCAAACGAGGCCAUUCGGGCGUUCUACCGGGAGAUGACGUCAGUGUCUAUGGCGCGGCUGCACGAGUUCGGCCCUCGCGACCUCGCGAACCUUGCCUAUGCGAUGACGAGUGGCGGUGUGCAUGGGAGGGAGGUGUAUGAGAGGCUGGCCACGGCGUCGCUCCCAGUGGUGUCCAAGUGUGCGCCGAUCGACGCGGCGCAUCUGAUGUGGGGCUUCAGCAAGGCGGGAUGGCUCCACCCGCCCCUCUUCCGCGCCGUCGCUGACCACCUGCUGUCCACACGAGCUCUCCUGACCCACACCAGCAACGCAGUGGAUGACUCGUAUAUCGUCUGGAGCGUCCUAGCCUCGGCAUUCACCGAGGCCGGUCUCUGUCACGCGCCCCUACUCAACCACAUCCGCGAGUGGCUGACGCCCCAUGUCGUGAGCGGCCGGUUUCCGACAGACAACCUGCUGUCGCUCAUUUGGCAUUUCGUCAAGAGCGGCAUUGACUGCGGGGAGGCCAUUCUGCAGACCGCUGUGGAGCGGCUGGGUCUCAGGGAUGGCAAUGAGGGCGUCAACACAGAGAGGGGGGAGUGUGUGGGUGUGGGUAUGGCGCCGAGCAAGCACCACGUGGCGGCAUUUCUGUGGUGCCUGGCGAUGGCGCGGCAGCUGCCGGCAUUCCCUGAUGUCGUGCGUGCGGGAAUGGGGCGUGACUGGUCGACUCAGUCCAGGGAACACAUCACCGACAAGGAACGAAGCAUGGUAUGUAUGGUCAGUCUGUCUGCUCUCUCACCCUUCCCGACCCACACACAAGCCUUUGCACACCAUGACACGUGUGUGUGUGUGUGUGUGUGGUGUGCAUGUGUGUGUGGGUGCAGAUCUACCAAGUGCACCUGGCGUGUGUGGUGGAGGGCCUGGAUGAGUCGAUGCGUCUGCACGGCCAGUCACUGGAGGAUUGCAAGGCGGCCUACAGCAGCGGCCGGGCGGCACAGCCCACUGAAGCCUUCCCCCGAGGCAUCGAGAGUCUCGCAUUACGUCGGGAUGCGGCCAAGCGGCCCUGGGAGAGCCACAGGCGGCGUGCAGUGCCGGAGAUGUCCAACUUCCACCGUCACAUGUCUCGUUUUCUGACGGGUUUGGGUGUGCCGCACAUCAAUGAGGGGGUGACCGAGGAGGGCAUCAGUGUGGACAUUGAGAUACGCGACAACACGGUGUCUGGUGGUGGUGGUGCUGAUGGUGGUGGUGAGACAAUCGCCAUUGAGCUGGACGGGCCGUCGCACUUCCUCUACCGACUCGACUUGCCUGACGAUGCCGACAACAGCGUGUUGAGUGACGGUGGACCCACCAGACAGUCGACGGCACACUGCCAGCAGCAGCAGCAGCAGCAAGGGGAUGGUGCUAGCAGGGACAACGAGCUGAUAUCACUCAGGACGCCCUCUGCACCACACAAAAUGAGGUACACACACAAGACAGACAGACAGACAGACAUCCACCGCCAGCCACCUCGUGGAUAUAUGUGUAGGUGGCGGCAUCCGACGCCCACGACACUGUUCAAGCGGUGGGUGCUGGAGGGCCUGGGGUGGCGAGUGAUAUCCGUGUCUCUGUUUGAGCUGGAUCCGUUGUGGAGUGACCCGCGGGCGCGGAUGGACUACCUCCUGGCACUGUUGCACGCAUCACAGUCCCCCUACCUGAGACGGAAAGUGCCGCAGUCGGUGCAGCGGUAGGAAGGGUGGCUGUCGGGGUGUGUGUGUGUGGUUGGCUAGACAGAUAGGCGGAUAAACACACGGAUGCAGAUGCAUGUGUGUGCUAGUAGUAUGUGUGUGUGUGUGUGUACAUAGUCUGCUUCACAGAGUCGAUCGAUUGACUGAUAUGUCGUCCGACCAAUCAAAUCAGC